AUGAGGUCUAGCAAAUCUAGCCGACGUGCUAAAGGCAGCAACGCUGCAAGUCCAACAGCUGAGACUGCUGCUACUUCUGCUGCGGACACUGACAAGCAACGCUGUCCGCAAUGUAAGGAUGAUGACGAAGACAACGCAGAGAUUGCGCUUGCCAAAGAAGACUGGGUGCGCUGUGAGGGUCGGUGCAAGACCUGGUACCACUGGCGAUGUGUCGGUGAAGGUGGGGACCUCGAAGCUAUAGACAAGUGGUACUGCAAACCAUGUCUGGCCGCCGAUCCGAAACGCGCGAUCACGUUGAAGCCGCCAGCACGCAAGUCGGCGCGCAAGAAACCUGCACGCGACUAUGCCAGUCUACAUAAUGGUAUCCCUGCUGCAGGCGCCGACAAAUGGCAUGCGCUCCUUCAGGCGAAGGAGGCUGCGGGCGCGUUUGCACGCGACCCGUUCAAACGUAUGAAAGGCGCCGAGCUAACUCUUGAAUGGGCAGACCAUAAUCCGGAUGCCCUGUUAGAGCCUGUGCUUAUUGAAAAUCCGGAGGGUCUGGGUAUGUCGAUGCCUGCGGAAGGUCUCACCGUCUCGGACAUAGCGCAUAUCGUCGGCGAACAAACGCCAGUGGAGGUCAUGGACGUCGCAACGCAGUCCAACACGCCGGGCUACACGCUUGGGAAAUGGGCAGCCUACUUCAACACACCGGAAGACUCUCGCGACCGUAUACGGAAUGUCAUCUCUCUCGAAAUCUCUGAAACCCCUCUCGGAGCUCAAAUCGUCCCACCACGUAUCGUACGUGACCUGGACUGGGUGGAGAAGUUCUGGCCUGUAAACAAACGGGGUCCUGGACACGCCUAUCCUAAAGUUCAACUCUAUAGCCUGAUGGGAGUUGCAAAAGCAUGGACAGAUUGGCACAUUGACUUCGCUGGCUCCUCGGUUUAUUACCAUAUUCACAGUGGUGCAAAGACAUUUUACUUCAUCCGACCUACGCCUGCUAACCUCGCCGCUUAUGAACGAUGGUCUGGUUCCGAGCUACAAACAAGCACUUGGCUGGGUGAUCUCGUUGAUGUUGUGUACAAGGUUGAUCUUGUAAAGGGCAAUACAAUGAUCAUCCCGACCGGCUGGAUCCAUGCCGUAUAUACACCAGUAGACACGAUUGUCUUUGGCGGGAACUUCUUGCAUUCAUAUAACGUUGCCACACAACUACACGUACGCGAGAUUGAGAACUCGACUCGAGUACCCAAGAAAUUCCAAUUCCCUUUCUUCACAAGACUCUGUUGGUACGUCGCAGAAGCAUCCCUCCGAUCCCUCAAAGCCCGCGAAGACUUCUCUCCGCGCGUCCUCUCUUCAUUAGAAGCACUCGCCCGUUUCCUCAUCAACGAAGUCCACUUAAUAGAACAAUCCGACUCUCGUUCGUCUUCCUCUUCGGGAGUCGCAGCCGUCGCUGCGCCUAGUACCGACGGUGCAAGACGCAAAGAAGCGAAAGAAGCUGUACCAGGGGAUCGCGUGAAGGAUGCGUGUGCACUUGCUCGGGAGUUGCGAUGGCGCGUGAGGAUCGCGGUGCAUGGAAGUAGUGAUGCGGAGGACGAGGGGACGGAGCAUUCGGUGAGGACAGGUACGAAAAGACGACGGAAGGGAGGAGCAGGAGGUGGUUCUGUGGAAUUGAGUAGUUCGGAAAAUGGACAUUCUGAAGCAGAUGCACGGUUAAGGAAUUUUGAACCGAAACGAUGGGAUGCGUAUGAUAUACAGGCGUCCUCUGUGAAGGAACGGGUUCGACGGCCCAUUCCCGAAGGCAAUGAACGUCCACCUACACUUCCUAUUGGCGAGCCGGACGGAAGAGGAGAAUGGGCACAAGCAUGGCUUAAAUUCGACAAAGACAUCAGCACCAUAGUAAAAGAAGAGAAAGAAAUGGACGUGGACGUUGAGAACGUUCAACCGGAAGUUACGACUAAACACGAAGUCAUGGUUCGAGUACGUCGGACAGCGCGUGGGCUCGAGCGACAACGGGUAGAACGAACAGUGGAAAUGUGGGACUGGGAUGAUGACGCUGCGUUGACGAUGGAACAGGACGCCUCUUAGAAUGCAUUGUAAUCGUGUUUUCCAAUUCACUGGAUCAAUUGCUUGCUUGUCUUAUUUGCGUAAUAUUCUCGCUGGAAAUAUUGAUUUUAC